UUAAAACGUCGAGCUGUGCCGUGGCAAACUUCGGCAGGGGCGGUGCGUUAAUGAGCACAAUGCUUUUCUCCAAUACCACUAUACCCCUGUCGGUUGACUUCACUCACAUCGAGGACUAUUUCAUUUUUAUUUUUCACAUAGUAUUCGCUACCGCUGCGGUGUUUGUUGCGGGAUCAGUGGUGUUGGCAAUCCUCGCUACGAAAUCUCUGCGAGUUCAAAACCGAUUUAUUUUCAAGCUUAACACCAGCAUCAGUGACACGCUCACUGGCUUUUCUGUUUAUUAUCUUGGCCUUUUUGAUGUGCAAGAGGGAUACCCUUCAAGAAACGGGACACGUUAUGUUCUCCCUUCUUUUCUCGGAGUAAACGUCUUAACUUUUCUGUUCGCGCAGGUUGACCGGUACUUUGCCGUGUGCCACCCUUUCUUUUACAGUCGUUAUAUAACUCGAUCGGUCGUCGUGGGAAUUUGCGUAUUUUGCUGGUUCUACACAUACAUGAUACUAACGGUACAAAACCUGGUACCCAUUUCAAAAGCCGCACAGAUAAACGCUUUCGGUGUUCUUACCUUGCAAUUAAUAGUCAUCAUUAAAUUGCUGAUGACGAUCAAGCUGUACGUAAUUGCCAGAUAUCAGCUUGCCCGGGAAGCAUCCACACCCGAAAGAGAAAACAAGAAGGAGUCGCUAAGAGUCAUAGUGUUUGUCGUCAUAUGCUUUUUAACCUUAUGGAGCCCCUCCUUCGUUAACAUUAUUGUAAGACAGCUUACAUCGCAGGGCGUAAAAUUUAGAAAUGAAGCUACCAACCUGUUUGCCAUAAUGGCCCGUUUUAACGCACUUUGCACACCUAUGCUGUACAUUUGGGGGAGUCCCGCACUACGAGAAGCAGUAAGGACUCGCAUCUGGGGGAGAGUUUGUCCGACGACAAGAGCAAGGGUCGCUUCUGACAACGACGAUGAACCUAAGGAUCCUCCCAGUUUAUCAAACAUUUUAAAAUAAUUUGAAGACACCGCAAAAUCUUGAGGGAUGUGUUAAUUUUAUCAAUAAAUGCAAUUUCUCUACAAAAACAGGAUUUGACUGUUACGGUAGUGGGACACAUUAGACUACGUCGCCGAACAAGUAAAUGGCCGCAUAUAGGUAUAUCCAAAUGGAGGGGAUUUUCUAAAACGCGUAACGUGAAAAAGCUUAACGCAGCUUAAUGUUCCAAGACAGCGACCAAUUACCACCAAAUCUCUAUAAAUGCUGCAGGGGAAGAAUAUUUGGUGGCACUCACUUGAAACAUCAGGGCUCCCCCCCCGCAUAGAUCCAUCCAUCCAUCCUCCAAGUGUUAUUCUGGUCAAGGUCGGACAGUGGAGGGGCCUGGAGCAAUCCCUUGUAGCAAAGGGCACUUUCAAUAAAUUUCUGGAUUGGCAAAUUAAACUUUAGGUUUAAAAAAGCGUAACUUGUUUUGGAGAUGCCGCCGAAACGGCAUAAUAAUGAUAAUAAUAAUAAGAAUAAAUAGCCUCACACCUCAGGGUUCGAGUCCCCCCUGGCUACAUAUAUGUGGAAGUUACAUGUUCUCCACGUGUCGUCGUGGAGAAUCUUCCGGUUACUUUUCUGUCCCCCCGCAGUCCAAAAUCACGUAAGGGGGAUUAAUUAGUUGCCAAAAUUAUUCGUAGAUGUGAAUGGUGAGUGUGUGUGUCCUGUGAUGGGUUAGCACCCCAUCCUACAGGUUAGUCCUAUAUUUUUACCGUGGGUGUAGGGGAUGCGCUCCGAAUUUAACGUUAAAUAAAAUUAAGUAUUCUUAAAAUUCAUUGAUGUUAAUCAGAUACCCUUGUGCCUGAAAGACUGAAAGCAGCCCCCUUUUGAGGCGCUGGGUGUCCUUAUCUAUCAUCCGUGAUAACUCUUAGAUUAAUACUACUAAUAAUAUUAAUAAUAAUAAUAAUAAUAAUAAUAAUAAUAAUAACCCAGACAGAAAAUCGCAAACCGGAAUGAACUGGUCGAAAAGGUAGCAGAAAAAAAAUCUAUCCUGUGGCUAUACACACAGGCUGCUGUAAAUACGCCUAAUUACACUAGAUAUAAUAAAUCUGCACUGCAAAGAAAUAGUAGGGUGAGUAUUAUUAAAAUGGGACACUUCCUGAAAAUUUACUUUCUGGAACAAAUUAUAGAAUCAUCUCCAUGUCUUGAAUCCCAACUUGAUACCAUUCUAGGUGCAUUAAUGCCCCUUGAACACUAUAAAGAAGAAAAAAAUAAAGUAUUACUGAACACAUAUUAACUGCAACGUUUAACUAACCCAUUUUGCCAGGUGUCUUUUUAACAAUACUCACCCUCUAUAGGCACACAGCCAGGUAAAAUACCGAGUUUUGAACCCCUCGAAAUAGUGAACGACGUAGGUAAAGAACGAGUAAUAAUCCACGAGCGUUUCCAAAACCCUUCGUUAUUCCAUAAUUAAUAAUAAAACGAAGUUAAAACGGCACUUUCGUGACUCCAACCUAUACGCCCUGCGUGAGAAAAUCAGACUGUCGUUAACAGUAACAUCGAUUCCACGUUAAUCAAUGGAGAAAUAUAAGUCAAAUCAUUCACAGCAAACGCUUAAAAUGAAGGGAAAAAAACAUCAAAUAAAACCCUAUCAAAUAACGUGAAAGCGCACGGAAGUACGACCAAAUCAACGUAUUAGUCGCAAAGGUGAAAAUAGUUCUUUAAAAGCCCAUGGGAGCCUCAGCAACUGCGCAAAUAAAAAUGGGAGGAAAUCGUCAGUCGAAUAAGAGAAUGCACUGGGCAGCAAAGAUGUGGCAGCUAAGUAUAAAAAAAUAGUAACAAAGAAGAAGGGCUCUGACUCGAGACCGGGGCACAGCAGCACUGGUGGAUAGUCACAGGCUGUUCUCACCCAGAGGAACAGCAGGUCAUAGCUAUAUGGAUAUUAGGGCCAGCUGUACCCGAGGGACUCUCUGGAGGGGUAGAUGUAUGUGCUGGGCAAUAUCCACCCUGCCCUCCAGUGCAUCCCUCUCCCUCCACCAAUGCUGUUUGUCUCCAGGACCCUCACUCCAGGCCCAUUCAUAGGACUGCACUGGCAAACAAGUGCACCCAAUGUGUGUAAGGGAGGUGAGGAACCGACUGCUCUGGCAAGGGAGAGGCUGCAGCUGGGGAAGGAAUGACUCCUGCUCAAGAGGGAAGAGCUGCAGUGGAGGAAGAGGCACCACCAGGAGCUGGUAAUGCUCAAGAAGGCCAAACUGGGCAUCCUGAGCGGGCAGCUGGCCCUGGCAGAGGCACAAUAUGAGCGGCCCUUCAUGUCACUGCCCAGCACGUUACCCCCAGAAGACACGUGACAGAUUUGGCAGGACCUGAUUCCAGAAGCCUUGUUUAAUUUUCUUUGUUUUUCUUUUUUUCACCACAGCAAUUUUAUCUUUGCACUGUGCAAAAGUUAUUUUCUGUAUAGUAAAUAAUGACUACACUGAAAAAAAUGUGGAGUGAGGUUGACUUAAAAAAACCUUGGAAACAAUUUCCAUGUAUAAACUGUUAGUAAAUUUAACAGACUGUAUCCUUGUGUAAAAUUUACUUCAAAAGACCCAGAUUCAAGUGCAUUUUAAUCACAGUGUUUGUAGAUUUUACUCAAAGUAGCACUACAUUAAGCCAUCUCUUAAAAUGCACACAAAUGUAAUUGUUUUUCCACACACUAGUUCUAGUUAACUAACGACAAUGCAUUAGUACAAUUCACUAAUUUUAUUUUAAAUUCAUACUGAUGCCUUCUGUAAAAAAUCUAUAAAUAAAAGCCACUAUGAAUUCACAGACAACAUUUGAACUUUAGUUUAUUUGAACAUUCUCUCUCAUUCAUGGAAAAAGCUGAUUGAAAAAGUUUGAUUUGUCCUGGAUAAAAUGCACUAAAUCAAAGAGCAAAUACAAAAUAAAUGACAUUCAUCAUUGCCCAACUGUUUCUAAAUGAUUAUUCACAGCAAAAAGGAACAAAAA